GGUGUUUUCGUUUCUUUGGCCGGUAGUUCUCGAAGUUCCUUUUGCAAAAGUUUAAUACAUAUUGUAACCCUUCUCUCCCGAAGGCUGUUUACCCUACUUGUAUCUUGAGUUUUUCUUAUUUCCUCAGAAAAAUAGCCAACUGACCCAUUCAGUUUUUCAGAUAUUCCGCCGCUUGUCACCUAGCAACGUCUUUUAUUUAUGAUAGUGGUUUUAUGGCGCCGUUUUAUCUAUAGUGAUUUAUUAUUGUACUAGUUUGUCAUGCUAUUAUUAGUAUAAUUCCUUUACUGUUGAUAUUCGAGUAUUAACAAAUAUUCAGGUAUUAGUGUCAUCAGCUUGACCUUUGAUUUUAGUUUAGUAGCUUUUUAAUUAUCUACAUUUCUCUCGAGAAAUUUCUCAUUUUGUUUGCAAAGACAAGUUAAAAAACUCGGCAAUCUCGUCAAACUUCGAUUACCUAUUGAUUGUCAGACAGACACUGUCAAAGAUGUUGGUGCGUACUAUAAUCUUACUGUACCCUUUCUGAGGUGCCAGUUUCACUUAUGAAUAACCAUUUAGUGGUCGGAUAAUGUUAUGAAAGCCAAUAGUUGAUCCCAACUGCUUGAACACGAAUAUUCAAAAUUUGUGCACUCGGAUGUGUUUUAGCAACAACAUACAUUGAGUCAGACAGACAACAUCGAUAAAUAUCGGUAUAUAUUUUAUGCUCAUUACCUGUUGAAUCCCUAGAAUCUAUUAGAUUUGAUAAUCAUUUGUCAUUUUCUUUAAGCCAGUCGAAGUGAGAGAGGAAGUAAAAAAGAUUAUUAGAUAAAGGGUGUAAGAUGUUGAAAGUUCAUUUAUUCUAGACUUUGAUCCAUUACAUUAGACAUUUGGCUUUUGUCCAGUAUGUCACUAAUUUGAACCCUCAUUUUACCUGUUAAGGUUGCACCUGCCAGGCCUCAUCACCAGCCGUCACUACAGGUGCAGUUCAUUGCCAAAUGAGUUAAUAUGUACAUGGUUUUCGUAGGUAUUUAUGUCCAAAAAGUUCCAUUUUAUUUAUCCUGCAUCACUCCGCUAUUUGUUGGGAAAUGUAUAGUUGACUGCAUUUAUUUUCAGUCCCAGUAAAUUAUAGUUAACUGGCUGGGGAAAAUAAUGCUAUGCUUUAUCAGUUAUCCACAUUAUUUCGAUGACUGUUUAUUCGUCUGUAAGCAGCAAAGAAUGACAUUUUAGUUAGUUUUGUGUGUCAGUCUUAUAAAUUCCUGAAGUACUCACCAUAAAUAAAUUCCUAAUAUUUCAUUUAGUAUUCUGGCAAUUAUACUGACUCACGAGUAAUAUCACUCUGUAUCAGUGACCGUAGCUGGUAUACUGCAUAUUAUGACUGUCAUAAUCUGUUUAAUUACCAUGGUAGUAUUUGGAAACAAAAAACUACGCACAUAAAUUAACUGUUGAGAAUCUCUUCUUGAAGAGUUUAUGAAUAGUAAACCUGUGUGUUCACCGACGGCGGAAUUAUGGUCCGAGAACCUAGUGAGUGAUUUUCUGUCGAUAGUUACGAAUCACUGUAAUUUCCGAUUUAAUUCAGGUGGUCAAGAUUGUAAAUAAAAUAAAAUAAAUUGAUAUAUUUAGACUGGCUCUCAGCAAAUUUGCUUCUCGACAAAACUUAGUUACAAUGAGGUUUUAAAUAUUGAUGUGCUUACGUCACCAUAAAGUCUAAGGUAUAAGCAUGUAAUCAGUGAGUGGCGUAUUUCUCAUUACUGUUAAACAGUCACAGAAUAAUUGAAUGCAUUAAUUCAGUAUCUAUUGAAUUUUAGUGUUCGUGAAAGAUUUCGAAAUGAAAGCGCUAAACAGUUUAGGACGCUUAACACGUCUUCGUGAUUUACUAAAAGCUAGAAAUUUACAGGCAUACAUUGUGCCAACAGAAGAUGAGCACUUUAAUGAGUAUGUAGCUGCUGCAGAUCAGCGUUGCGCAUUUAUUUCUGGAUUCACGGGUUCUUCUUGUUCUAUCGUCAUCACCUUAGACAAAGCUGCUUUAUGGACUGAUGGUCGAUAUCAGUUACAGGCUUCUAAUGAAUUAGACGAAAAUUGGAUAUUAUUCAGAAAUGACUUAUCUGAUUCCCCUACAAAAGCUAAGUGGAUUGUAUCAUCUACACCGCCUGGUUCAUGUAUUGGUUAUGAUGGCAGACAAAUACCUUAUACAGGAAUUCAAGCAUUAUGCAAAGAGUUAAUUAGUGCUGAAGCUGAAAUUGGUAUCUUGCCGGAUAAUAUGGGGAAUAAAACUUCUCAAAGUCGACAAUUAAUUGAUCUGCCUAAUACGAAUUUAAUUGAUCUAGUCUGGGAAUCAAUGUCUGAAUUACACAUUGAAAAUGUUCAACGUCCAUUGCGUUCAUCGAAUCCUCUCAUGUUUAUUCCAUUAUCAUUUUCUGGUUCAACAUGGAAAGAAAAAAUAGGUCGUGUUAGACAUACAAUGCAACUGAAAGGUACACAAAUGUUAAUCCUAUCUGCAUUGGAUGAAAUUGCCUGGUUAUUUAAUCUACGUGGAAAUGAUAUACUGUAUAAUCCUGUAUUUUAUGCUUAUGCUAUCAUUGGUACGAAUACUGUUGACUUAUUUUUAAAUCCAAAUACUGUUAAUCAAACGUCAGGAUUAGAAGAGUACUUGAAGGAUGAUCAGUGUGUUGUAAAUAUUCACCCGUAUUCUGAGUUUUUUAAUUACCUCGAAGGAAUUGUUCAACGCUCAAUAGACAGUCAACCAUAUUUUCGAGUAUGGCUUGAUUUUGUCGCUAGUCAGGCAAUUGUGUCUAGAGUACCAGAAAAUCAUCGUUUUAUUUAUCUAUCACCUGUAGCUGAAAUGAAAGCAGUUAAAGCAUUAUCAGAGUUGGAUGGUAUUCGACAGAUACAUAUCACUGAUUCACUAGUUCUAUGCGACUAUUUAGCCUGGUUAGAAGAAGAGGCUAACGUCUGGAGAAAUAGUAGUCAAAAACACUCAGGUGAUAGUGAACCAAUUAAACCGAAUCCAGAGAAUGGUGCAGGUCUACCGGUUAUAAAGCCACCGAGUGUUUUAACUGAAUCAUCAGCUGCUCAAUAUUUAGAUGCAUUGAGAGCACAAGCUAAAGAUUUUACCAGUCUAAGCUUUAGUACAAUAUCUGGUGCUGAUUCAAAUGGUGCUAUUGUACAUUAUCAUCCUGUUGAAGGUCAAGAUGCGCCUAUUACCAGUUCAAGUGUAUACCUUGUUGAUUCUGGUGGUCAGUAUCUAACUGGUACAACAGAUGUCACGAGGACAAUUCAUUUAAAUGAACCUACUACAGAAGAGAAGAAUUGUUAUACAACUGUACUGAAAGCUCAUAUUUCACUUGCUAUGCAAAUUUUUCCAUCAAAUACACCCGGUUCACGGCUUGAUGUUGUAGCACGUGGUGUAAUGUGGCAAUUCUGCGGUAAUUAUGCUCAUGGUACAGGACAUGGUGUUGGUGCCUUUUUGAAUGUACAUGAAGGUCCUAUCGGAUUAUCUGGAAGUCGAUUGAAUAUGUAUUCACGGAUGGGUAUAGUAGAACCGGGCAUACAUGAGAAUAUGACUCUUCGGUAGUACGCAUCAAGGAUUGAACCAAAAACCUACAGGUUGACUAUUCAGCCUCUGGGACGACAUCCAGCAGUCCAUCAAUUCCAGCUUCUGCCAUUUCACAAUGUAAUAGUACAAUCGCCAACCACACACACACACACACACUCAACUUGGUGAACCCAGGUGGUCACGACUUCUUACUACAGUUUCAAACAAUUUUUUUCCUACAGUCAGUCACUACUGGGCAGUUGACUCAUUCGUAAUCAAUCUUGAAAUCAAUCAAAUCCCUACAAAGUACUAACAGUUUAAAUUAUUAUUUGUUUCCCUCAAUUUUCAUUUUCUUUAAAUGGUUUUUUUUCAAUAUAAUAGGUAGUUACCAUUGAACCAGGUUUCUACUGGACUGAUCACUUUGGUAUACGUCUAGAAAAUGUUGUAUUUGUUGUCCCUGUUCCCGUUAGUGGUAUGCUAGAUGCCACGACUACCUCUCCUGUUAACACCGGCAACAGCGAAAAUCAUCUCCCUGUAAAUGAUCAUUCUUUUCGUUUACCACCAUUAGAUGAUACUGUUAAAUGGCUUACAUUUGAACCAGUCACUCUGGUACCAUUUCAGCAUAAAUUUAUUAACAAGAGUCUAUUGAGUCAGGAUGAAUUGAAUUGGUUAAAUAAUUAUCAUAAAACAGUUCGUCGCGUUUUAUGUAAUCGUAUUUUACAAGAAGUCAGUUCCACAUUAACAAUAAAUGAUAUUGUCAAGGAGAAAGAUACAUCGGUAUUGUCAUCGAAGGAGAUAUCAGUCUUAUCGUCUAGUCGAAAACGUUGUUUACAAUGGAUAUUUGAUCAGACAGAACCUUUUGUUUAAAUUUUAUGGGCUUUGUAGGAUCUUUUUUCAAUUUGAUUUGAAGAUAAUCUCUGUCUUCCUGUUGUCUACCGUUUUAGGCUUUCACAGAAAUAUAAUACAUUAGUAUUUCUUUGAAUUAUAUUAAAUAAUCUGAUUAUUUAUUCAUUUACAAAGUUUAUUCGGUGUUAUAUAUAUAUAUAUAUAUAUAUAUAUAUAUAUCAAACUUUGUUAAUAAAAGUUAUGUUAAAGAUGUAUUCACCAAUUAAACGGGUCAAUAACGUUGAAGCGACAUGGACUACCUAAUGAUAAAAGUAAUAAAACUUUCUAGACAUAUGAGAUAUUCAAUAAAUCCUUCUUUUGUUACUGAUGUGAUAAAAAUGAAGAUCCUAUUAUUACUGUUAUGGCUGUUAUUAAUUAUGACCAAAUAAAUAACAGUUUUAAUAACUUUAUUCUGAA